UAAUUGGCUCCCUUUUCCGGGUUGUCAGCGCGGGAAACAGCUGACAACUCGUGCUGCACUGAAAGGAUCAGAGAAACAUCGAGCAGCGAUGGAUCCCUCUGAGGUUGAGUUUCUAGCUGAAAAAGAGUUAGUGAAGAUUAUUCCUAACUUCAGUCUGGAUAAGAUCUAUUUAAUCGGAGGCGACUUGGGUCCAUUUAAUCCCGGACUGCCUGUCGACGUCCCGCUGUGGCUGGCUCUAAACUUCAAACAGAGACAGAAAUGCAGAAUUAUUCCUCCUGACUGGAUGGAUGUUGAGAAGCUGGAGGAAAUACGGGAACUGGAGAAAAGAGAGGAGGCCUUUACGCCCGUUCCCAGCCCCUAUUACAUGGAGCUCACCAAGCUGUUACUCAACCAUGCAUCCGACAACAUUCCCAAAGCCGACGAGAUCCGAACCCUGGUCAAAGACAUCUGGGAUACUCGAAUAGCUAAACUCCGCCUGUCUGCUGAUAGUUUCAUCAGUCAGCAGGAGGCUCACGCCAAGCUGGACAAUCUGACUCUGAUGGAGAUCAACACCAUCAGAGAGUUCCUCCUGGAUUCUCUGAACUGCAUGUACAAGCUGCGCUCCAAUCUGCAGCCAGGGUCCAGCGGGAGGACGUUCACGGACUUCUGAAGGCUUUAGACUCAGACGUUCUGGAGGCGUGGAGUGAACCCUACAUGUUAAAUAUGUAUAGUGAAAACUAAACAAGCAAGAACUGAGAAUUCUUUUCAACCUUUAUUUUUUUUAAGCUUUGCUUUGUUUGAGAAACCGUUUUGUGAUCCAACCUGCUGUUAGUAUGUAUGUACAGUUCUAAUCAUCUCUCUGUAAUUCUAAAUACACUGUUUUUUGAGGUGGGA